AUGACGGUCGACGAACACAUCACCGAUCCUUCCUUGGCCUCUGUGGUUGAGACAUCCAAGGCCGCGAGGGACCAGGCGCAGGCCCUGGUGGCCCUGAUAGCGCAAGAAACGGCCGACAACACCAACGAUCCUAUCUCUGCCGAUGCCCUGACCGAGAUUUCGAAGCAGCAGAAGCGCCUUAACACCAACCUCGCUCACCUGAGGGGCUUGCACCGAGCUGCGCAUUUUCGUGCGCGCGAAACCAAGGGUCAGACCGCUGAGGCGCGACAUGAGGUCGAUGUCCUACAUCUACAGCUGCAAAAUUUACACUAUGAGCAAAGGCACCUGGAGGGAGAGAUUGCUGCUUGUGAAGGAUUUGACCACACGUACCAACUCCUUCCAUUGAUAUCGGUUGAAGAUUUUCUUGCGCAGCAUCCUGAGCAUGCGACGGCCGACGAAAAUACGUUAAUGGUAGCGCGGAUCAACCAAGAGCGGGCAGAGCGCGAGACUCUCGAGCAGCAGCGCGUGGAGCUGCAAAAGCGAAAGCAGAAGCUUAUUACUGAGAACAAGAGGCGCAGAGACGAUCUUGCGAACCUUGACAAGGACCUCGAGAAGUUCAUCGAUGCAGCGAAACCCAUCCAAAAAAUGUUCGAGAAAGUGGUCUGA